AAGAAUGGGGUCGGCGCGUAACACCAGAGGAAGAUACAAAUCCGAGAAAAUCGGCAGAAAUUACGCAAAGUGCGGAUGCAAUAAAGACGAGUCAUUGCCGAUUCCCGGAUCCGACGCACCCCCCGAUCGGAUAUUCACCUUCCCCUUUCUUCGGGAUUCGGCCACAGUCGACUACUUGAAGAAACACAACAGGAUUAUGUUCAUUAUAAGAGGGCCGUCGGGGACCGGCAAAGAAACGCUCUCUUCCAUGAUUGCUUCCUUGUAUCCAGAGAGCGACGUCAUCUCGGCUAAACUCUAUUACAGUCUCCCAUUGGCCGAGCGGAGGACGAGAUUUAAUGCCCGAAAGUCUCACGCCUGGUGCCGCAGAAGAGCGGAAGACGGAUGUAAAGAGAACAAACCGAUAUUAAUAAUAAGGAAUACGAAUGUAAGAAGAUGGGAAAUUCAACCUUACCUUAAAUUGGCCAAGGAUUUUCAAUACACCGUUAUUUUUGCCGAUUGUUCUAAGAAAUUCUGUUUCGACCCCGAAAUACUGGCUAAAUCGAAUACACAAGGACUGGACGCCGAAUAUUUCGAAACCCGAUUGAAACAAUGGGAAGAAGUGAUACCGUGGUAUACGGGUUGGUUCCUCGGUCCCGCCGACGUUCGUUGGUUACGCGACAAAUCCACAAACUUGCUAAAAGAAAUUACCGCUGGAAAAAGCGCUUUGGGGAUUUCUUCCGGUGAGUGUUAGAUGUACAGUACAUUUCCGUUUCCAAGAUAUUUCGAAAUUGGCUGGGAUCUCGCGCGGCAGAAAGCUAGUGUUCCGAACACCCUUCCUGUCAACGGGUGUUCGGAACACCUGGUUUUGGUUUCGGUUUAAAAAAUGGAUGGAAGAGAAGGGUCGGCCCGUAACACUACA